CUUGUCUUCUCCAUUUCCUUUCGUUGCCGUGCUGAUCGUGCGGUAGGACGUUGUUGUAGCGUUGUGAAGUUCGCAGUUCUAAAUUUACUUUACAAGCCUUUACAAGUCAGAAUGCACAAGAACGCUACGCCUAAAAAGCCGAAAGCGGCCACACCAAAAGCUGAGGAGCUGAAGAAGAAAGUUGUGCCUAAGAAGGUGCAGGAAGCCGAAGAGGUAGAGGAUGACGAUGACGUCGAGGAUGAAGACAUGUCAGAUGUUGACGAAGACAAAGAAGAUGACAUGGAUGAGGAAGGAGCAGAGGAUGAGGAGGAUGCUGAUGAAGAGGAGGAGGUAGAAGGGGAAGCAGAGGAUGACGAUGAUGCAGAAGAUGAGGAGGAUGAAGAGGCUGAAGAUGAAGAAGAGGAAGAAGAUGAGGAUGAGGAAGAAAAGCCUGCUCCUAAGGGGAAGAAAGCUGCCAAGAAAGGAGCGGACGCAGCAGCAAAGCCUGCGACCAAGCGAAAGGCUGAAGAAGUUGCCGAAGCUCCAGCGAAGAAAGUCAAACUUGAAGACAUUCUUCCAGCUUCAGCUAUCAGCAAGAGAUGGGAGUGUGCGCUCUUCCUCAGGCUCCCUCACCACGUACAGACAGCAGAUAUCCUGGCGGUGUGUGACGAUGCUACAAAUUGUGUGCAGAAGGGUCCCAACCUGACAUUGUUCUUUGCUGACAAAGAGAAGACAGAGGCCAACAUUAAGUUCCUGCAGGAGACCACGGUUAAGGGGUGGCAAGUUGAGGUUCAACCAAGCAGGACACAAAAAGACUUUGAACGAGACGACACUCUUGAAAUUCGGCAUCUACCGCAUGACUGCACUGCUGGUCAGAUCAAAGAGUUGUUUCCCACCGGAACGCUUGUACAGUUGCAUGAAAAUUAUGCUGUUGUAAACUUCAAGAACAGCAAUGACCUUGUAGAAGCCCUUCAAGAUCCAAAGUGCCACACAAUUGGUGAAUCCAAAGUCAUGUUCUCCCUGUCUGCAUCACGGCCACACGACCAAGACGGUGGACGUGGAAGAGGAGGCUUCGGUGGAGGUGGCGGAGGCUUUGGCGGCUCCAGAGGCAGAGGUUUUGGUGGUCGAGGUCGUGACUUUGGCGGCCGGGGUCGAGGGUUCAGCCCUAGAGGAGGGCGUGGCUCGUUCGGAGGACGAGGAGGCCGCGGUGGUGGUGGCGGCGGAGGAGGAGGAAGAGGUGGCCGCGGUGGUUUUGGCGGUGGAAGAGGUGGUCGCGGAGGCUUCGGAGGUGGAAGGGGCGGAGGAUUUCGCGGUGGAUGGAGCAAUGGAAGUUCAAAUGACUCCAACAGGGGUAAAAGCCCGGGGAAGCACACAAAGUAUGAUGAUUAAGCCCCUGUGAAUACUGAGCCUCACUGUUUUUAUCAUAUACAUUGUGCUGCAUAAUAAAAGCUUCCAUCACAUG